AAGCUUCAGUCUUCCUCAGGCAUCUUCUAGAGAAUUGAUAGCGCUCCUUGUUCGCCGACCCUUCCUAAUCCCCUCCGAGGUGUGACCGUCUUUUGGGCUCCAAUUCAUAAGAGCGUGCUCACGACGAACUAAGGCUCAGCCUUGCCGAACCCGUGUCAGCCUCGGCUUGUUGCGACCACUACCCUUUCGGACGAUUGACGACAACCUAGCAUUACACCACGCCACUCUGCACUGGGGGCUCUGAAUUCGGCUGCUUUAGGAGACCUUACUUGAUUACUAGUAACUUCCCCUUGGUGGACACGUCGCUUCCUGACCGUAUCUUCCAAACACAAAAAGGCGCAGGGGCAUUGGCGUAACUCUGAGAUAGAAGCACCACUGAUGUUGGAGUUCUGACAGGAGCCACCUCUCAACGUGUCACCAGUAAUUGGACUUUUGCAAGGGAGACUGUCAACAUGGGAACUCCAUUCCCACGAGCGUUGACCCGAUCGCUUUCUCGCCAAUCGGUUUGGAAGAGAUCGUUCUCGUCGUCGAGACAGUCACAUGCUGACUUUACGCACGCUAUCAUCGGAGGCGGAGCAGUUGGUCUGGCCAUCGCCCGCCAACUCGCAGGGCGGACGGGUACGUCUACUAUAUUGAUAGAGCGGCACGGCGCCGUGGGCACGGAGACGAGUAGUCGGAACUCAGAGGUAUAUUCUCCCAAGAGCUAUCACCGUCCCCAACUUGCUUGACUCGUUUUACUCCCUGUUUCCUAUCACCCCGUUAUCAAGACAUCGAGAAAAGCCUUCGCCCGAAAAGAUUGCGACUGUGCACGACCUGCCCUUGAAGGAGCCCGUCCUUCUAUGAAAAAGAAUGGCGACAACGACAAUGACACCCGGAUUGGAACGGUGGCUGCCCUGUUUUUGUUUCUGACGUGCCUAGGUCAUCCACGCAGGAAUAUACUACGGGCCCUCUAGUCUCAAAACAAAACUCUGCAUCCGCGGCAAACACAUGCUGUACGACCUCUGCGAAGCCAAGUCGAUCCCGCACUGGCGCACGAAAAAAUGGAUCAUCGCACAAGACGAGCAACAGAUGCAGCACCUGCAGGACCUGCACACGUUCAGCAAGUCCAUCGACGUGCCCACGCACUUUUUGUCGUCACGGGAGAUCCAGGACCGCGAACCCGACGUGCGCGCUGAAGCGGGUGUCCUUGAGUCCCCGACGACCGGCAUCAUCGACUCCCACGCGUUCAUGGCGUACCUUGAAGGCGCCUUCGACGAGCAAGGGGGCGACCAGGUGAUGAACACGAUCGUCACGGGGAUCGAGAGAUUGGAAGGAGGCGACGAGGGCAGAGGUGGUGGUUACGCCAUCACCACGCGCUCCAAGGACGGUGCCGGCGGCCAAGAUACCAUCACCGCCGAGGUGGUCAUCAACUCGGCGGGUCUGGGCGCCAUCGAGAUCUCCAACAUGCUCAUGCCCGCCCAGCGCCAGAGGAAGGCAUACUUCGCCAAGGGCACGUAUUUCUCGUACGCAAGUGGCCACCCAAAACCCAAGACCUUGCUGUACCCGGCGCCCGUGCCCGGUCUGGGCGGCCUGGGCACGCAUCUCACGCUCGACAUGGCCGGGCGCGCUCGCUUCGGCCCGGACGUCGAGUGGGUAGACGACCCGACCGAUCUGACGCCGAACCCGGCCAGGCUGAAGGAUGCCGUCGACGUGAUUCGGAGUUACCUGCCCAGCGUCGAUGUGGGCGCGAUCGAUCUGGAUUAUUGUGGCGUGAGGCCCAAACUCGGACGCACGACUGGCACGUACGGCAAGGACGGCAAGGGGUUUGCGGACUUUUAUAUCAAGGAGGAGGACGGGUUUCCCGGGUUCGUGAAUCUACUGGGCAUUGAGAGUCCCGGGUUGACGAGCAGCCUUGCCAUUGCCGAGCUCGUCGAGGACAUGUUGUACGGCGAGAAUGCGAAGGUAUAGGCCGAGGGAGGAGCCCGACAAGAGGAGGAGACAAUUGAUGUGAUGUAAAGCGUUGGCACUGAUCAUGGCCGCCGCCUCUUUGAGAAUAACAUGCAGAUGUGACGUGACGAUGAAGUGGGCAUAGACUCGUAUUGAUACAAGGAGUGGAUUAUGUACAGUCUAGUUGAUCUGUCUAUAUAUUUCCUCCUAACGCGGAGUCCGUCACAGACA